AUGAAGGUACUUCAAAGCGGAAUCAGCAUUGCCAUGCUCGCCAGCAUGGCCAAGGCUACACUUAUCUCGGGAGAAAGUGGUGUGGAUGGUGGACAAGGGGCAUCGCUGCCGGUUACCAAUGGCUUUAGCUCCACUGCGAAUGAGGAGCAUUCCGACGAUCAUUCGGUUGAUGUUGAUGCGAAGAAGAAGUUCGUGGAUGAGCAUGCUCACCACGGCCACCACUGGCGUAGGGAGGAAAUCAACCAAAAAGGCAAUGGAAAUGACAACGAACAUUACUACGACCCGCACAUCAAUGUCAAGUCGAACACAGUGAACGAGUCUCACAAGGGUGACCAUUCCGUCCAUGUUGACAAGAACCUGGGUGCUGUGAAAGGUGCGACUCACAGCCGCCCACACCACCACGGUCGGUCAGAGCCUGACCUGAUCAGUGGCGAAAGUGGAAUUGAUACAAGCAACUCUGCAUCGUUGCCGGUGACGAACGGUUUCUCGUCUACUGUCAAUGAGGCGCACAGCGACGACCACUCGUCUAAGAUCAACAAAGACAAGACGGUUGUCGACGAGGACAAGCACCACCACCCUCACGGUCACCACUGGGUGCGAGACGACAAGGACCUGAUCAGCGGGGAAUCAGGUAUCGACACCGGCAACUCUGCAUCACUGCCCAUUACGAACGGAUUCUCUUCCAACGUAAAUGAAGCUCAUUCAGAUGAUCACUCUGCUGAUAUCAACAAGGAUAAGACUGUGGUGGACAAGGAGCACCCGGAGCACGCGAAGCACCCGGAGCACCACCACUGGGUGCGAGGCAGCGACGACCUGAUCAAGGGGGAGUCAGGCAUUGAUACUGGAAAUUCUGCUACCCUGCCGAUCACCAAUGAAUUCUCGUCCUCCUAUAACGAAGCGAGCAAGGACAACCAUGCAGUGGAUGUUAAUAAGGAUGACACGGCUGUCGUCGAGCCUGAGCAUCCGGAAAAGCACCAUUGGCCGCACCACCACCCCCGUGGUGAACGUGAAGAACCAACCUUGAUCAAUGGGGAGUCUGGCAUCGAUACCGGCAAUUCUGCAUCACUGCCCAUCACGAAUGGAUUCUCGUCUAACUAUAACGAAGCAACCGAGGAUAACCACGCCGUUGAUUUCAACAAAGACGACACGGCCGUCGUUGAGCCUGGACAUCCUGAAAAGCACUACCGGCCGCACCACCAUGUUCGCGGGGAACGUGAAGAACCCACUCUGAUCAAUGGGGAGUCUGGAAUUGAUACCGGGAAUAGUGCGUCUUUGCCAAUCACCAAUGCGUUCAGCUCCCAGGUGAACGAGGCUAGCAAGGAUGACCAUUCUGUGGACGUGGACAAGAAGAAGAGCGUGUUCGAUGACGCGCACCACGGGCACUCCGACCACCCAGACCAGCCCAAAUUCCCACACCCCCAUGUUCCACGGGAUCUUAUCUCUGGCGAGUCUGGGAUCGAUACUGGCAAUGAGGCUAUUAUCCCUAUCACAAAUGCUUUCAGUUCUACAGACAAUGAAUCUUAUGACGACGAUCACUCCGCGGAUGUCAAUGUCAAGGACACCGAUGUCACCAAAAAGGCCCACCCGCACCGCCAUCCCCAUUGGCCUCGCGACCUGAUCUCCGGAGAGUCUGGGAUUGACACCGGGAAUGAAGCAAUUAUUCCGAUUACCAACGCCUUCAGCUCCACGGACAAUGAGUCAUACAAGGACAACCAUUCAGCAGAUGUGAACGUCAAGAAUACUGAUGUUACACGGCCUGAGCACCGCCCUCACCAUCAUCAUGAACGUGAUUUGAUUAAGGGGGAGUCGGGCAUUGACACCGGUAACUCGGCUUCACUACCCUUUACAAACCUGGGGUCCAACGAAGUCAAUGAAGUAUCUGAGGAUGACCACUCCGCAGAUGUCAAGGAUAAGGAUACCCUUGUCAAGACACCCUCGCACCAACAUCCCCACCCUCAUUGGCCCCGUGAUCUCAUCAAGGGCGAAAGCGGUAUUGACACGGGUAACUCUGCCAGUCUUCCGAUCACCAACAGCUUCGGAUCUCAGGUCAAUGAAGCUAGUAAGGACGAUCACUCCGUUGAUGUGGACUCGAAAAACACUGCGGUAAAGUACAAGCCGGAGCCCAAGCCGGUUCCAGUGCGCGUGCCCGUGCAUCACCCUCACGGACAUUGGCCUCGGGAUUUGAUCAAGGGCGAGUCGGGAAUUGACACUGGCAACUCGGCUAGUCUUCCCAUCACCAAUGUUUACGCAUCCCAGGAGAAUGAGGCCAGUAAGGAUGACCACUCGGUGGACGCUGACGUGAAAGACACGCUUGUCGAGAAGCCGAAGCCAGAGCCCAAGCCGGUGCCCGUCCCCGUGCAGGCCCACCAUCCUGAGCCUCAUCCCCACCCCCAUCACCCACGAGAUCUGAUCAAGGGAGAAUCUGGUAUCGAUACUGGCAACUCCGCUACUCUUCCGAUUACCAAUGCAUUUAGUUCCCAGUAUAACGAAGCUAGCAAGGAUGACCACUCGGUGGACACAGACACGAAGGACACUGUGGUAAAGGAGAAGCCAGACCCAAAGCCAGUGCCCGUGCCAGUACCUGUCCAUGGCCAUCCCCACCACCAUCACCCACGCGACUUGAUCAAGGGAGAAUCUGGCAUUGACACCGGGAACUCUGCUACAAUUCCAAUCACCAAUGCAUUUAGUUCUGAGUACAAUGAGGCUAGCAAGGAUGACCACUCUGUGGAUGCCGACAUAAAGGACACAGCUGUGAAGGGGGCGCCUGUCCACCAUGGCCGCCCUGACCACCACCAUGCUCGUGAUCUGAUCAACGGAGAAUCAGGAAUUGAUACUGGCAACUCUGCAAGCAUUCCUAUCACCAAUGUGUUCUCAUCCCAGGAGAAUGAAGCGCACAAGGAUGACCACUCCGUGGAUGCAGAUAUCAAAGAUACAGCAAUUGAUCGUCCCGAGCACGGACGCUUCCACGGACACCCACAUCUACCCCGGGAUUUGAUCAAGGGCGAGUCAGGAAUUGACACAGGAAACUCUGCGACCCUCCCGAUUACGAAUGUUUUCUCGUCUGAAUAUAACGAAGCUGAUAAGGAUGAUCACUCCGUUGAUGUGGACUCUAAGAAAACCCAUGUGGAUGAGCCGCUCCGACACCAUCACCGCGCAGACGACAGUCUCAUUCAGGGUGAAUCUGGAAUAGACACUGGGAACUCCGCCAUCCUCCCAGUCACCAAUGUAUACGGCCAGGCUACCAAUGAAGCUUACAGUGAUGACCACUCUGUCUCCGCCAACGUGAAGGACACUGACGUGGAUACUCAUCAUGAGCCAACUGAACCCCACGACUCGCAUGACUCACAUGACUCCAGCAAACCACAUGAUGUGGGAGUCGACCCCAUUGCUCACUCCGGCGAAGAUGAUUCGGCCAAGGACGCUGACACAAGCUCAAGCUGCGCCUCACCAGUCGUCCACGAGAUUGUCCACACCGUUACCCGCACAUUGAGCGGUGGUCCGAGUCGGAAUACUGGACUCCCUGAACACGGAGGACAUGGGGCACCUGUCUUCAACGAGCCUUUCACAGGGGCCGCUGAUGCUGUCGCUCAAUCUACCCCCGCCUAUAAUGCACCCGAAGUCGCCGCAGGCGCUGCAGAGUCCACACCCUUCUACAAUGCCCCAGCCCAGCCAACCGGGCCCAGCAUUGAGUCCGUUCCCAUGUACAACGCACCUGCCGAGUCCACGCCAGCUGCCGCCCCCUCCAACCCCAUGUACAAUGGCGCUGCUUCCAUUGCCGAUCCAACUGGUGUAUCAGCUCUGUACAACUCCGACCCCUCGGAGCCAGAGCAUGUACCUGACGUCGCGGCAUCCUCUGCAGCACAGCAGCCCGUGGCCAUGAGCUCCAACGUCGCCAUGGACCCUGCCCCUACUGCCCCCUUCCCCGGAAACCUGGACAGCAUCGCCUCAACUAUCACCAUCCAAGAGGCCUCCACAUUCCACAUGAUCCCUGUCUACGUUCCUGCACCCACUGAAGCCUUCCGUGGAGCCGCAGCCGCCAGCAGCCUCGGGGUGCCCACACCCAAGCCCAGCGGCUCUGUCGCUUCCGAGCCAUCUUUCCGCUACGACCUGCCCGGACCGUCCUCUACGCCUACUCCUUCGACAAACAGCAUCAUGUUCACAGGCGCAGGCGCACAGGUGGCUCCGGCGCAUGGCUUCUUCCCCAUCGUCACAGGCCUGGUCGCCCUUCUGGCCCUGAUCUUGUAAAAGCCAUGCAGCAGCAAAUCAUCCGCGGAUCUAUUAAUCCCGAGAAUGUCCCAUACAUUUCAUGUCAUUCUUUUGCCUAAUCAUCUAUUUCGGAUGCCCUUCGUUCAUAAUCCGUGUCACUCGCUUUCAGCAUUAAUUGAU